AUGCUCCGGCGUAUCGUUCUAUCUAGCGCUAUCCGUACAUCACGCAUACAAUUGCGUCACGUGAGUCAAACUCCGGCUUAUUCUGCGGAUGAAAAACCUGCAGCCGAUACUACUACGGAGUCAGAUGGUGAGCAACCUUUGAGUGAUAUGGACGUGCUUAAGCAACAACUGGAACAGCUUGCAGCUCAGAAUAAAGACAUGAACGACCGCCUUCUGCGGGCACUAGCUGACGCAGAGAACGUUCGUCGCAUUUCGCGCGUAGAUGUGAACAAUGCUCGUGAGUUUGCCAUCUCGAAGUUUGCUAAGGCACUGUUGGACGUAUCGGACAACCUCAAGCGCGCGCAUGAGAGUGUCGACGUAGAGGCUCUAGAGCCCGAAAAGCAGCUUGAUGCGAUUAAAAUGUUGCAUGAGGGUGUUGCUAUGACAGAGACACAGCUGCAAAAGGUUUUUCGAGAAUUUAAUAUUAAUCAGGUGGGCGCUGUAGGCGACAAGUUUGACCCUAAUGUUCACGACGCGCUCUUCGAGUACGAAGACGCAACAAAAGAAGCCGGAUGUAUUGGGCAGAUUAUGAAGACAGGCUACACCCUGAACGAUCGGGUCAUUCGACCUGCGCAGGUGGGCGUCAUUAAGGCCUCUGUAACGCAGUAA